CCAGAUCGGAAUCAGUUCUCAAACGAGAGAAAAGAAUGAAGCUUAAGGCAGAACAGCAUCGAUGUGCAGAGGCGAUUUUGGAUAUGCAACAGACGGCUGAGAGCCCGGAUUUGAGCCUAGUGACAGUGGAGAACCCCGAACUGCAGCUUCCAGCUGAGAAUCCACAACCAGAAGACUUCAGUGUGAAUGAGACAUUCACUUAUCCAGGCUGUGCGGCUGCUGGAUGCCAGACAGAGCUGACGAUGGAUGACAUCGAGAAGAUGGAGGAUGUUUUGAGACAGAACACAGCAGAGCUGGUUGAUCUUCGGAGCAAGGCUCUGGACACACAGUUCAGCCAGGAGGCUUUUGAAAAAAAUGAAGACAAGACAAAGUUCUACACAGGGCUCCCCAACUUCUUAGUUUUAAUUCAGAUUUUUGAACUGUGCGAGCCCUAUAUCACCUCGGGACCUAUGUCUUUGUUGUCCAAAUUUGAACAAUUCAUACUAGUUUUGCUGAGGCUGAGACUAAAUCUGCCCCUGAAAGAUUUAGCUUUCAGGUUCAAUAUUUCUCUGUCCACUGCUUCUAGAGUUUGGCAUAAAGUAAUUGACAUACUUCAUAAAAGGUUAGAGUUCCUAAUUGAGUGGCCAGAGCGACAUGUUCUUCAAGCUACGAUGCCACUGAGUUUCAGACAGGCAUUUGGAUGUAAAGUGGCUGUGAUUGUUGAUUGCUUUGAAGUCUUUAUUGAGAGACCAUCUAAUCUUCUUGCACAAGCUCAAACUUGGUCCAACUACAAGCACCAUCACACUGUAAAAUUUUUGAUUGGUGUUGCCCCCCAAGGCUACGUCACUUACAUAUCUUCUGCCUGGGGAGGGAGAGUUAGCGAUAAGCAGAUCACAAUAGAGAGUGGCCUCCUAAAGAACUUGUUACCUGGAGAUAUUGUCCUUGCAGAUCGUGGGUUCAAUAUUGGCGAUAAUGUGGGGUUUUACUGUGCUUCACUACAGACACCGGCAUUCACUAAAGGGAGAAAACAGCUGUCAGCCUAUGAAGUGGCAGAGACAAGGAAAAUAGCCAAUUUGCGUAUCCAUGUUGAGCAAGUCAUAGGUUUAGUCAGGAGGAAAUAUCACAUUCUGCAGAGCAGGGCUAUGCCAAUAGAGAACAUGUCCACAAAGCCAGGUGAGACACAUGCAUUGAUCGACAAGAUUGGGGUAAUUUGUUGUGCCUUAUCAAAUCUCUCCGAGUCUGUUGUCCCACUGGAGUAAGGGGGGUGGGUGGUAAUCAAUCAGUUAAAAAAAAUUAAAUGUCUUGUCACUGUCACGGCUCACAGAAGGGGGUGGAGAGGAAGAGUAGUGUCCAGUAUCUGCUGCUUGGCUCUGGUGAUAAGUAGAACAGGGUAGAGUAAUAGUAGUACCUAAGUCCUGACUCCUGA